CUUCUUCUACGGGAGAGUAGAAGAAGAACGGCAGGACAUAAACAGGAGCACACUUAAACGACCGUGACACGAAGAGAAAAACAAAACGCAGUAAUGCACUGAAUUGGUAUUUCUGUUUGGUGACAAACAGUGUGAUAGAAUGCCGUCAAUAACUUUAUAUUUACCGCACCACCAAGACUCCGCUUUGUAUGUCGCUUUUUAAAAGAAAUGUCACGGCUCUUUCCGCUCAUCGGAUCUAUACACAGUGAGUCCAGUCGGGUCAUAUGGAGAGGGUCUCCCGGCAUCUCUCCAUUUCUUAAACCACUCCCAACUGGACUGACAAAUGUGUUUAGAGCUGGUAAAAAGGACCUGACGGACCUGCCUGUCCUGAAUGAGGAUGAGCUUGAAGAACAGUUUGUGAGAGGAUCUGGACCCGGGGGACAAGCCACCAAUAAAACGAGCAACUGCGUGGUACUCAAGCAUAUCCCCACUGGGAUUGUAGUGAAGUGCCAUCAAACCAGAUCUGUGGAUAUAAAUCGAAAGCGUGCCCGGGGAAUCAUGAGAGAGAAACUUGAUGUUGCAUAUAAAGGAGAACUCAGUGAAAUUCUUGUAAAGAAGAAAGAAUCUGAGCUGAGGAAACAAGACAAGAAGAAGAAGGCAAAUGAGAAUCUGGAGAGAAAAAGACUGUUUAAAGAAGGACUGGAUGCAGACUCCAAAGCUGGGAAUGACAUGGUUUAAAAUGUUUUUGUGGAACGUAGAAAGACAUGAGUACUCAAGUGAUCAUGUAUUUUAUGCCUGCAAAGACGGUUUAACUAAACCUGAAAAAGUACUGUCAACUCUGUCAAAUCCAAUUGGCCUUUUGUUUGUAUAGCAUCUUUCAUGAAAAGUUGUUGUACAUAGUACUUAAUGUACUACAAGACAGAGAAGAAGAUUUUGAAAAAAGAAAUAAAAUAUAGCGGUGGUGUUUUCAACAAAUUAAAAAAAAAAGUCAGUCAUUGGGAUGUGUGCUAGGUUAAAGCUGCGGUAUGCAACCUUUACCUGUAGGUGUAGUUUGACUUAAAUGCAUAUUUAUUUAAUUCUAGCAUUUACAGCAUAACAUUUUUACUCAGUUUUUUACUAGAUAAAAUAUGUUUUGGUCAUUGUUUGACCUUCACCAUGCAGAAUGAUGUAUGUUCAGAUGUUAAGGUGUGUCCAUCAAAACUAGUUUAGAAGCUAGUCCUGGUCCAAUAGGUAACUUACAUACAUGUGAUGUGAACAUUGGAAUAUACACUGAGAAUGGACACUCACUUUGUAUUCAGUUACAUUUUAAAUUAACUAUUUGUGCAUAUUUAUAGAUAACACAUUUUCAGUGAGGGAGGUGUACAUGUCAUUUUAAUCAUUUCUAACCAGGAAAUUGAACAGACACAAAUAAUUAUUUAAAGCAGAAAAUGUUUAUAGCUCUUCAAACAUGCCUGGAAGAGGAUCUUUAUUUUAUGUUUAUACAUUCAGAUGGCAGUUUAUUAGGUACGCCAAGCUUAAACCAAUGCAGCCUAAUAUAGCAGCCCCUCAAAAAACAAAACAAAAAACGUCUCCCUUCAUGACAGAUGAAAUGUUCAGUUUGUGUUGAAACAGUUUUAGACAGGUGUUUGUUCAACUUUACUGUUACUUUACUGUUAUUUUUGGAGGCUGCAGUUUAUUGUGCUGUUGAAUUGUAUUGCAUUAUUCUUUGAUAUAAAUGAAGUGGAUAAAAUAAUAGAAACACCCGUCCCUGUCUAGGUGUACCUAAUAAACUGCCUGUUUGAGUGUGUAUCAAAAACA